AUGAACUUGAUGCCUGACUUUGAUGAAAUGGUCAACGAAGAAGAUUUUGAGGAUGAGGAUGAUGUUGUAGAAAUCUCUCUACAUGGUAAACAGCCUAUUCCUAUUCACGGUUCUACUCGAAAAACUACCUCUGCUUCUAUUCAAUUGAAACCUAAAAAGCCUAGGAAGAUAGGGCCCGUGGAUUGUUUCUUCACACCUGAGCCAGAAAAAGAGUUAACGGAGAGGGCCUAUGUUAGAAUUGCAAGAUGGAUAUAUGAUAUUGGAAUUCCGUUUAAUUUAGUCAAUAAUGAAAGUUUUGCACCAAUGAUUGAAGCCAUAGGACAAUUUGGUCCAAGUUUGAAACCACCAAGUUACCACAUGAUACGGAUUCCUUAUCUCAAGAAAGAUGUGAAUCAUGUCCAUAAGUUGAUGAAGAAGCACAAAGAGGAUUGGGCAAAAGGAACCAUGUUUCUUGAGUCUAUUGAUGCAUCUAGUUACUCAAAGGAUGCAAACAAGAAAAUUAACUUGCUUGACAAGUUUGUUGACAAAAUUGGAGAAGAUAAUGUGGUCCAAAUUGUCACUGACAGUGCUGAAGCAAAUGUAUUGGCAGGGAAGUUUUCGGAGGCAAAGAGACCCCACUUGUAUUGGACACCUUGUGCAACCCAUUGCUUGGAUUUAAUGUUGGAAGACAUUUUCAAAUUACCCAAUUUUAAGAAGACAUUUGAAAGGGAAAUUGGGGUACACGGUUAUAUUUAUAAUCGUCCAUCUUUGUUGAAUAUGAUGAGGAGUUUUACUCAAUUGAGGGAGUUAGUGAAGCCUGCUAAAACCCGAUUUGCAACAGCUUUCUUAACUUUGCAAAGACUUUAUCAACAAAGGAACAACUUGAGGAAGAUGUUUACUUCGGAGGAGUGGACCAAAAGCAAAUGGGUGAAGGAGCCGCAGGGUAAGAAGACAGCUCAAAUAAUGCUAAUGCCUUCAUUUUGGAAUCAUGUUCACCUUGCCCUUCAGUUUUCAUGUCCUCUUGUUCAUGUACUAAGAAUGGUUGAUGGUGAAGAAAAGCCUCCAAUGGGAUAUAUUUACGAGGCUAUGGAUAGGGCUAAAGAAGCUAUUGCAAAUGCAUUCGAUGGAAAGGAAGAGAAGUAUAAAGAGAUCUUUGAAAUCAUUGAUCAAAGGUGGGACAUUCAAUUGCAUCUUCCUUUGCAUGCUGCUGGGUUUUAUUUAAAUCCUAGUUUGUUUAACAAAGAUCCAAAUGCUGCAAAAGACAAAGAAGUCAUGAUAGGCCUAUAUCAAUGUAUAUCAAGGUUGAUCCCAACACUAGAGGUCCAAGAUAAAGUUUGUGCAAAAUUAGCUAAGUAUGAGAAGGCUGAAGGACUUUUUCAGAUGGCAAUUAGACAAAGAAGUACAAGGGUACCAACUGAUUGGUGGAGUUCUUUUGGUCAUGAAACUCCUUAUUUGCAAAAAUUUGCCAUCAAAGUACUUAGUCUUACUUGUAGUUCAUCUGGCUGUCUUCAUAGCAAAAAAAGAAAUAGGCUGGCUCAAAAACGUCUCAAUGACUUGGUGUUUGUGAAGUAUAAUAGAGCAUUGAAGCGUCGAUACAUGAAACGUUCCAAUAUUGAUCCCAUCUCUUUGAAAGAUAUUGAUGAGAGUAAUGAAUGGCUGAUUGGGAGGAUAGAGAAUGAGCUUGUGUUUGAUGAUGAUUCUUUGGGGUGGGAUGAUGUUGCUGUAGCUGCUGAAGUUGAGGAGAGUAACCAAAGAACUAGAUCAAGCACAACUAAGACAACACACCAACAACUUGUAGAUGAAGAAGAUGAAUGGGAAAAUGAAGAUGAAGAGGAGGAUGCGGAUGGAUACAAAUCCAAUGAUGAUGAUGGAGGAGAUGAAGUUCUUCAUGCUGAUGAUGAUGUCUAUUAA